UUUUUGCAACUUUGGGAUGCCAUGCAUGAUCAGUUUAUUUCUUGUACCUAUUUUUCAGCUUCUUGAUGCCUUCUUUGGAUUCUUAGCUCGAAAGACAGAUUUUUAUUCUGGAGCUGGAAAGGAACAAGCACAAAAAAUGGUCAGGGAAAAGUUUGAACAAUACAGAAAAGUAGUUGCUGAAAGAAUGGAAAAAGAAAAAACAGAGAAAGAAUUAGAAGAGAAGAGGAGGCAAGAAAGAAUAGCCAAAAAAAAAGCAGAAGAAGAAAAGGAAAGACUAAAGGCUGAAGAAGAGCCAAAAAUCAAAGAACUGACUGAUGAAGAGGCAGAAAGAUUAGAGAAAGAGUUAAAAAAUAAUGGUACCAACACUGCUGUAGACAGUAAUGAACCAAAUGAUAACAAAGAUGAAAAUAAAGAAGAUUCAAAGCCAGCCAGUGAUGAUGAAGAAGAUGAAAAAGAUAAGGGAAAACUUAAACCAAAUAUUGGAAAUGGUGCUGACAUGCCCAAUUACUCAUGGACUCAAACAUUACAGGAAGUGGAGAUUAAGGUUCCAUUUAAAGUCAGUUUUCCACUUAAAGGAAAAGAUCUUGUUGUUAACAUCGAAAAAAGGAAACUAUGUAUUGGCCUAAAAGGACAUCCACCAGUUUUAGAUGGUAUGAUGUACAAUGAUGUGAAAAUAGAGGAGUCUACUUGGUGUAUUAUUGAUAAAAAAACACUUCUUAUAAAUAUAGAAAAGGUAAAUCAAAUGGAAUGGUGGAGUAGAAUUAUUACUACUGAACCAGAAAUUAACACACGCAAAGUACAGCCAGAAAAUUCUAAGCUUUCUGACCUGGAUGGUGAGACACGAUCAAUGGUAGAAAAAAUGAUGUAUGACCAACGACAGAAAGAAAUGGGACUACCAACAUCAGAUGAACAAAAGAAACAGGAUGUUUUGAAAAAAUUCAUGGAGCAACAUCCAGAAAUGGACUUUUCAAAGUGCAAGUUUUCAUAAAAUGUAAUUUUUUUUUUACUGUGCUCAUGCUCAUCAUGUAUUAACUUUUCAAAACCAUUGAUUUAAUUUAGUAUUAGCAACUUCAGAAAAUAUUUGAUUGUAUAUUUGGUUUAUCUUAAAAAUGUUUUCAUUAUUCCCAGUUUCUUGAAUGCAACUGAUUGAAAAAAGGUUAAUGAAGAAACUAAACACAUUCAUAACUUGUCAUGAGGUCUUGUUUAUUCUUUUACAAAAAGCACAUAUAUGUGAUAUUUUAAUUCAUUUCAGUUCAAACUCACAAAACUUUGACGUAAAAAUAAACAUAAAAUAUACUAAAA